GGACGCCUGGGUUCCGAGCGUGGCUCGCAGCGCCGUGAGGGGGCGAGUCCCAGUCUGCAGCCCGCGGGCCCCGGAAGGGCUCGGCCCGGCCCGGCCCGGCCCGGCACGGCCGGGCGGGCGGUGAGUGGGGGCGCCGGGGAGAGGCCGAGGCAGGAAAUCGCUGCCUGGAGGAAGUGGUGGCAGGGGCGGGGGGCUCGGAGCCGAAACGCGGCUGGGACCGGGGAGACCCCCCCGCCCCCAGCCAGCUCUGGAGCCGCGCGGGGGGGUCGGUGCCCCUGAGCCCAGCAGGGCCCCCCCAGCCGAGCCCGCCCUGGGGCAGCAGUCGCAGGGGGGUUUCUAGAUCAGCUGUGCGGCGUUUUCCUCCUGCCCCGAAGGUGAGAACAAAGAAGGGAAUCCCCGUCAGGCCGGGACUUGGAGCCCGGAGCCGCACAGCCCCUCGCGGGGAGAGCCCAAGCCCUGAGCCGGGAGAGACACCAGCCUGGCGCAGCGCGGGGCUGGUCGGCAGCAGAGAGGAAACCCCCCGCCUCCCAAUCCCAGAGUAGAGACGACCCCUGUCCUCAUGGAAGAAAAUCCCCAUAAAUGUUCUGACUGCAGGAAAAGCUUUAAGCAGAGCUCGACCCUAAGGAGGCACCAGCGAACCCACACAGGGGAGCGACCCUACAAAUGCCUCCAGUGCGGGAAGAGCUUUGCGGACAGCUCCAACCUCCUUCGCCAUCAGAGGAGCCACACGGGGGAGCGACCCUACACGUGUGCCCAGUGUGGGAAGAGCUUCGGGCACAGCGCGACCCUGAUCAAGCAUUCCAGGACCCACACGGGCGAGAGGCCCUACAGGUGUGAUGAGUGCGGGAAGAGCUUCUCGGAGAGCUCCAAGCUCCUAGAGCACGAGAGGAUCCACACAGGCUUGAAACCCUACAAAUGCCCUAUCUGUGGGAAAGUGUUUUGCCACAGCUCCUCGCUGACCAAUCAUCAGCGGGUCCACACGGGUGAGAGACCCUAUAAAUGCCCCGAGUGCGAGAAGACUUUUGGACGCCGCUCCAUGCUCAUUCGACACAUGAGGAUCCACACAGGGGAACGACCUUACAAAUGCCUCCAGUGCGGGAAGGCCUUUGCCGUUCUCUCAGUCCUGAUCCAGCAUGAGCGGAUCCACACGGGGGAGAAACCCCACAAAUGCGCCCACUGCGGGAAGUGUUUCAGCGAUCCCUCCGUCCUGACCCGGCAUGAGCGCAUCCACACUGGCGAGCGACCCUACAAGUGUGUCCAUUGCGGGAAGGGCUUUAGUCAGAGCUCCACCCAUGCCCAGCAUCUGAGAACCCACACCGGGGAGCGGCCCUAUAGAUGUGAUGAGUGUGGGAAGAGCUUCAGUGUGAGUUCCAGCCUUGUUGUCCAUCAGAGGAUCCACACAGGAGAGAGACCCUAUAAAUGUCCCCACUGUGGGAAGAGCUUUAGUGGCUGGCCAAAUUUUAGCAGGCAUCUGAGGACCCACGCCCAGGAGUAAACCCGACAGGUGACCCAAUUCUGGGAGAUGCUACUGUGAUCACUCUGGGCUCUUUAGACAGAGAACCCAUGCAAUGGAGAGACGCUAUAAAUGCCCCAACUGUAGCCAGAGCUUCUGUCUCAGCUCGGAGCUUAGUAGGUACCAGAGAAUGCACGUGGGGGGCUACCUAUAAACGCCCCAAUUGAUGGAAGAGCUUUAGUCCCAGGAUGUACCUUGUUAUUCAUCAGAAGAUCCACAGCAGAGACAGGCCUGAGAAAUAAAUGUGGAGGUAAGCGUCAUUCAGAGCUCAGAACAGGACUUCCGGUGUGGCGGAGGAGUGGGGCCUCCGAGUGGGGCGGAUAGUGAGUUUCUUUUCUACCUCUUAUUUUUUGGAAGAGCCAUUGUGUUGAUCUUGUGCAAUCUGAGUCAAUAAAAAUUCAACUGGAA